AUGUUCAGUGCCGCUCAGGACUUUGACAACAAUUUCGAGCUGGAUUCCGAUGCACAAUUGUGAGUUUUUUAUUUUAGAAAAAGACUCAAACACUAUUCCACUUUUGCAGACUCCGCGCCAAACGUCAAUGGGGAUGGGGAGGUCCCGGAAUGUACGGUGGAUAUGGACGUGGCAUGUACGGUGGAUACGGUCGUGGAGGAUACGGUGGAUACGGUCGCGGAGGAUACGGUGGAUGGGGCGGACGCGGAAUGUACGGUGGAUGGGGACGUUGA